AAACAUUUCUCACUCCAAAAAUCCAAUCCAAUAAUCAUAAACAAAACAAGAACCCCCUCAAUCAUUUUCUGUUUUUCACAUAUAAAAAACCAAUCUUUUUGUCUCUUGUUUAUAAAAACAGAGGGAAUUGAAUUACCCUUCUUUCUGAACCUGCCCACAAUCUCAACCAAGUUGGAAUCGUUGCCCACUUGUGUUUCUCCACAUGGUUGAUCGGCCACAACUACAUCUAUGAACAAUCAUUAUAUGUAUUCAUUCAUAUCAGUUCUUUCGUUUUCUCCAAUUUACUACUACUCAAAGACUUGGUUUUUUGGUUGAGAAAAGUAAAGGGUGUUUGUAAUUUCUGUUUAAUGGGUGUUUCGGUUGUUUCACCACAAUUACAAGAGGCUUCAUGGGGUGGAUCCUUGAGGUUUUUCACUCGGAGGAAGCAUGUUGAUUCUGCUCGUAAGAACCCUGAUAGUCUGCUUGCAAAGGAGUUAACUGUUCUUCAUCUCAUUGCAGUUGGUGUUGGUUCAACAAUUGGCGCUGGAGUAUAUGUUUUGGUUGGAACAGUUGCUCGAGAGCAAGCUGGACCAGCCAUAGCCAUUUCUUUUCUGGUUGCUGGAUUAGCUGCUGGUCUUUCUGCUUUUUGCUAUGCAGAGCUGGCUUGUCGUUUUCCUUCAGCUGGAAGUGCAUAUCACUAUUCAUACAUAUGUCUUGGGGAAGGUGUUGCUUGGUUGAUCGGUUGGUCCUUGCUACUGGAAUAUACAAUUGGUAGCGCUGCUGUCGCUCGUGGCAUAACCCCAAAUUUGGCUUCACUUUUUGGGGGUAUGGACAAUUUACCAAUCUUUUUAUCACGCCAGCAUAUUCCUGGGAUUGAUAUUGUUGUGGACCCAUGUGCAGCAAUUUUGGUAUUUAUUGUUACCGGACUCCUGUGUGUGGGGAUCAAGGAGAGUGCAGUGGUACAAGGCAUAGUCACAUCAGUAAAUAUAUGUGCAUUGCUUUUUGUCAUUGCAGCUGGUGGUUAUUUGGGUUUCAAGUCUGGAUGGGUUGGAUAUGAACUUCAAUCUGGGUUUUUCCCCUUUGGGUUUGAUGGGAUGCUUGCUGGUUCUGCAACAGUCUUCUUUGCAUAUGUAGGUUUUGAUGCUGUUGCCAGUACUGCUGAAGAGGUGAAAAAUCCUCAAAGAGAUUUGCCUCUAGGUAUUGGCGGUUCACUGUUUCUUUGUUGUGGAAUGUAUGUGAUGGUGUCCAUUGUUGUAGUUGGUUUAGUACCUUAUUAUGCGAUGGAUCUGGAUACCCCCAUAUCAUCUGCAUUUGCUGACCAUGGAAUGCAAUGGGCAGCUUACAUUCUAAAUGCUGGAGCUUUCACAGCUCUCUUGUCCGCAUUGAUGGGUGGGAUACUUCCCCAGCCAAGAGUUAUGAUGGCUAUGGCAAGGGAUGGACUACUGCCGCCAUUUUUUUCUGACAUAAAUCAGCACAGUCAGGUUCCUGUGAAAGGCACAAUAAUUACUGGCCUUGGGGCUGCAAUCUUGGCAUUUUCUAUGGAAGUCUCUCAACUGACAGGGAUGGUUAGUGUGGGUACGCUUUUAGCAUUCACCAUUGUAGCAAUAUGUGUGUUGAUACUAAGGUAUAUCCCUCCAAAUGAAGUUCCGUUGCCUCCUUCUAUCCAGGAUUCAAUUACUUCAGUGUCAACGGGGUAUAGUUUGAGCAGUGCAGAGAGCAAUGUAGAAUAUGCAGAGGCAUAUGCCAGUAUUUCCGAGGACUCAAAACCCUUAGUUGUUAAGGAGGAUGUUUCCAUUCGUUAUCCUCUCAUUGCUAAACAUCUUGGCAUAGGCUACUAUCUGAAUGAUGGUAACAGACGAAGAGUUGUUGGGUGGAGCAUAACAUUCAUAUGCUUAGGGGCGUUUGUCCUCACAUAUGCAACUUCAUAUAUACCUCUUAUUUUUGUUCGCUUUGUGCUAUGUGGAGUUGGCGGUAUUCUUCUUGUGUCUGGUCUUGUCUUCCUAACCUGUAUAGAUCAAGAUGAUGCAAGGCACAACUUUGGGCACUCUGGAGGUUUCAUAUGCCCAUUUGUGCCACAGCUGCCUAUAGCUUGCAUUCUUAUCAAUUCCUACCUACUUAUCAAUCUCGGUGGAGCUACAUGGUUGCGGGUUUCGGUGUGGCUGGCAGCAGGACUACUAAUUUAUGUGUUUUAUGGCCGAAACCAUAGCACUCUAAAAGAAGUAGCUUAUAUACCAGCAAGGCAGGUGAAUGAUGCAAUUUAUGAACCUCUCUUCUGCAAAAUAAAUUAGGCCAAAUCUUAGUCUGUGGGGCUUGCUUGCAAGUUGCAUCCCAAGCCAAAGAGAGCUCCAGCACUUUUGUAUAUAAUCCUUGUACAGGAAAUGCUUCUCCAGCUUAGGUACAUAGUCAUGUAUUUGUUUCUUAUAGACAAACAUGUCAUUGUUGUAUGCCUUAAAACUCUAUUUCUUCUUCCCCAUUAUUUACCAAUUAAUUGUAUGAUAUCAUGUGCAAGCGGGUCAGCCAGAUUCUUGUUCCCACAAUGUAAACAUAAUUAUUUGAAGUGUAUUUUUGUAUUACCAUUACCUCC